GAGGACUGGGACCAGAGACGAGCCCAGAACCAGCACCAGAACCUACAGCAGACACCAGAGCAGCAGACAGUAUGCAGUGUGUACGUUGUCCCGCCUUCUUCAUCCUCGUGGGGUUGGUUCUGUGCGGUCCGGUUUUCUCUCAGCCCGACAGAGAUCAGGACCAGUACCAGAACCAAGACCUGGACCUGGAACUGCAUCAUCGCCGGCUGCUGCAAAAAGCCCGGAGUGCCGGACUCCUUACACAGGAGUGGAGUAAACGUGCGGCGCAGGACCUGCUGUCUCAGGACCUGCUGUCUCAGGACCUGCUGUCUCAAGACCUGCUGGCUCAGGACCUGCUGUCUCAGAUGUCUCUGCCUAAGGCCGACGCCCAGAGGGAUGCUGAGAUGGUUUCCACGGCGACAGGAGGAAGGAUGAACCUGGAGCGGUCCAUCGAACCC